CAUCUCUGCCGCUCACUCCCCUCCCGUCCCCUCCCCGCCGCCUCGCUAGAGAGAAACAGGAGCCCCGGGAGCAGGCUGCGGCCGGCGAGAUGGUGCAGCGGCUCACCUACAGGAAGCGGCACAGCUACGCCACCAAGUCCAACCAGACACGCGUCGUCAAGACCCCCGGCGGGAGGCUCGUGUACCAGUACACCAACAAGCGCGCGAGUGGGCCGAAAUGCCCGGUCACCGGGAAGAAGAUCCAAGGAAUUCCACACCUGAGACCUGCUGAGUACAAGAGGUCCAGAUUGUCAAGGAACAGGAGGACUGUUAACCGCCCUUAUGGUGGUGUUCUGUCUGGUACUGCAGUCAGAGAGAGGAUCAUCCGGGCAUUUUUGGUCGAGGAACAGAAGAUUGUGAAGAAGGUGUUGAAGAUCCAAAAGACCAAGGACAAGGCCUCCAAGAGCUAGACACUAUUGCAAGACAGGCAUUUGCCACAACGCUUUAUGUCUCUUCAAAUUUGUUUCAGUAAGAAAUUUUCUCAUGGGUUUGGGAAAUCGUGGUUCUAGUGCUAGUAUGCGAGAUUGAUGCGAUUGUUUAAAUUUUGAGCUACUUGUGGAUCCUUUGGUGCCAGUUUUGGAACCUCCAGUUCGGUGGAAUGUUUCACUUGAUAUGAGAAUGUCAGAUAUUUCGCCAA